GAGAAGCAUGAUAUGAACGGCGAGCAGAGAGUUCUUGCUGCGAGCACAUUAUGGGGAGCUCGGUAAGAUAAGUAUUUAUAUUGUACUGAGGCUAAGUUGUAACUGUAAAAAUUUGUCUGUAAGAUAUUAGGAUUCUAGGGUCAAGCUUCUAGAGAAACUUGCUGUAUCUGAAGAAAACCAAAGACUACAGACAUCUUUUACCUUGUUGUCCUUGUCUAACUACGCAAAGCGAACCGAUUUUGAAACUGUUCAUGGAUUAGCUUCUUUAAAGAUUUUCAAUGAGCAGGAUAAUGCGAGUGCAUUGACGACGGAUAACCGAGUGCUGCGCACGACUUUGCCUAUACUACGCGCGCUCAAUGGCGAUGGAUCGAUCAUAGAGGAAAUGCGUAAAUUUGCGAGCUGGGAAACGGAGACGCC